AUGUCGUCUACCAGCGGCGCCAUCACUCAGCCUGCGACAGCUGCUGCAGCCGCCGCCGCUGGCACUGGCACUUCCUCAUCUACUCCUGGCUUCUUCUCAUUCUUCUUCUCAUUUACGACAAACACGUUAAAAGCCAUGGGGACCUCGAACAGUCUGACUGUCAUUGGCUCCUUUGCCGCCGCGCUCGUCUUCAACCGCGUGGUCCUCUGGCCAAACCGCGAGCUUGAAGAGCUCCGCCAGCAGGUCGAGCUGGAGCGUCGCAAGCGUCUCGAAGCCGAGAACCAGCUCGAGGAAGAGCGUGCUGGCCGCGGCGUCGCCGACAAGGGAAACAAGGACGCCGAGCAGCGCAUCGCCGCCAUCACGGCCGAGCGCGACUCUGAGUCUAGCGGGCGCGCCGCCGCCCUGCGUUACCUCCAAGGCACCAAGACCGACCUCGACGCCGCUCGCAAGGAGCUCGAGACGACCAAGCAGGACGUUGCGACCGUUACGGCCACCCUCGAGGCUGAGCGCGCUAGCGCUAGCACCGCUGCGGAGAAACACGCCACCCUUGUGUCCGAAUCGGAAAAGAUCAAGGCCGAGCUCUCGACCGCCCUCGCCACCGUCGACGGCCUCAACAAGGACGUCGAGGCCACUGCCCAGCGCGUGCAGGAGCUCGUGGUCAAGCACGACGCCGUCAAGGCCGAGGCCGCCGACCACCAGGCAAAGCACGCGGCUGUGGCUGCCGAGGCGGCCGCCACGGCCGCCACCCUCGCCACGGCCCAGAAGCAGGUCGAGACCCUCACUGCCGAGUCGGCCCAGCUCAAGUCUACGCACGAGGCCACGUCGGCGGAUCUCGCGGCGGCCACCAAGGCCACUUCCGACCUGCAGACAAAGCACGACGCCCUGGUCGCCGACCACGCCGACGCCACUGCGGCGCUCAAGACCCAGCUCGACAACGCCAACAAGGCCACGGCCGACGCCAAGCGCCUCCUGGCCGAGUCCGAGUCCAAGCUCGAGGCGUCCGCCUCUAAGGCUUCCGACCUUGAGAAGCAGGUCGAGGCCGCCAACAAGAAGGCUACCGACGCCGAGGGCAAGGCUGAUGUGCUCCAGGCUCAGGUUGCUGAGCAGACCCAGAAGCUUGAGGCGUCCGACAAGGUCGCCGAGGGCGCUCGCAAGGCCCAGGCCGAGGCCCUCGAGGUUGGCCACGAGGCUGAGGAGCGCCUCGCUGCCGCGCAGAAGAACUUUGACGACAAGUUCGCCGAGGCUAAGCGCGUCCAGGCCGACACCGAGUCCAAGCUUGCGGCUGCGACCGCCAAGGCUGCUGGUCUUGAGAAGGACAUCGCGGCCGCCAGCGACAAGUCGACCGCCGCCGAGGCCAAGGUCGCUGCCCUCGAGGCCCAGGUUGCCGAGCAGGCUCAGAAGAUCGAGGCCGCCGACAAGGUCGCCGAGGGUGCCCGCAAGGCUCAGGCUGAGGCGCUCGAGGUCAGCCACGAGGCCGGGGAGCGUCUGGCCACUGCCCACAAGAGCUUUGACGAGAAGCUUGCCGCGGCCAAGAAGCAGAGCGAGGAGGCUGUCGCCGCUGCCGAGGCCAAGGUUGCUACCGCCAAGGCCGAGGCCGACGCUGCCGUCGCCGCCCUGAAGAAGGACCUUGAGGCCAAGAUCGCCCAGGCUGAGGAGAAGGCUAUCCAGUCGAAGAAGGACGCCGACGCUGCUCUUGCCUCCGCCAAGGCCGAGACCGAGACCGCCGUCGCUGACGCCAAGAAGCGCGGUGAGGACGCAACUCUUGCUGCUACCGCCGCGGCCGAGACCCAGCUCUCGCAGUUCAAGUCGACCGCCGCCGAGCAGCUCGAGGCCGCGAAGAAGACGGCCGAGGGCCAGCUCGCCGAGGCCCGCAAGGCCGCCGAGGACCAGCUCGCCGCUGCCAAGAAGGCUGCCCAGGACGAGCUCGCCACCGCCCAGAAGACCGCCCAGGACGCCCUUGCCGCUGCGCAGAAGGAGGUCAAGGACGUUACGGAGAAGCUCUCCGCUGCCCAGAAGUCGGCUGAGGAGAAGAGCUCGUCGUCCAAGGACGCCGAGGGCAAGGCUGCCGCUGCUGCCAAGGACGCCGAGGCCAAGGUUGCUGCUGCCGAGGCUGCCACUGCGGCUGCUCAGAAGCAGCACGACGAGCAGCUUGCCGCUGCCCGCAAGGCUGCUGACGACAAGCUCGCUUCCGCCCAGAAGGAGCACGACGCCAAGCUUGCCGCCGCUACUGCCGCCACCGAGGAGGCCAAGAAGCUCCACGCCGCCACCGAGAGCAAGCUCUUUGCCUCCGAGAAGGCCGCUUCCGACAAGGUUGCCGCGUCCGAGGCCCGUGUCGCCGAGCUGCAAAAGGAGCUCACCGCCGCCAAGGAGGCCUCUGCCACUGCUGCGUCGUCCGCCGCCGAGAUUACCGAGCUCAAGACCAGGCUGGCCAAGGCCGAGGGCGACCUCGAGGCCAUCAAGGGUCUCAACCGCAAGUUGAUCGAGAGAGUCAGAAGCACCCCUGGCAACUCGCGUGCCAACAGCCCUGUCCACUCGCGCGCCAACAGCAUUAGCAGCGCCAACGGUGCCGCCCACGGUGCCCCCGCCCACGCUUAG